GACGCCACAACAGAUAUACAGUAUAGUGGUUUUUUACCGCGGUUUAUUAAUUAAUAUUUUGGAAAAUAAUUGUUUGUCAACUAUCUCAUCAUGGAUUAUGACUUUAAGAUGAAAACGCAAAUGGAACGCACAAAAGUAGAAGAUAUCUUCAAUUACGAAGGUUGCAAAGUUGGACGUGGCACGUACGGCCAUGUUUACAAAGCGAAAUGGAAGGAGCGCAGCGAUGGAAAAGAAUAUGCGCUAAAGCAAAUUGAUGGAACUGGAUUGUCCAUGUCAGCGUGUCGUGAGAUUGCACUGCUGCGGGAGUUAAAACAUCAAAAUGUUAUUACUCUCAUUCGGGUGUUUCUAUCUCACAACGACCGGAAAGUAUUUCUUUUAAUCGAUUAUGCUGAACAUGAUUUGUGGCAUAUCAUCAAAUUCCAUCGAGCUGCCAAGGCUGCCAAGAAGCAAGUAAUCGUUCCUAGAGGUAUGGUGAAGAGUCUACUAUAUCAAAUUCUGGAUGGCAUACAUUACCUGCACAGCAACUGGGUUCUGCAUCGUGAUUUAAAGCCAGCCAACAUUUUAGUCAUGGGUGAUGGCAAUGAACGGGGACGCGUCAAAAUCGCUGACAUGGGAUUCGCCCGUUUAUUCAACGCACCUCUAAAACCGUUAGCAGAUUUAGAUCCUGUAGUUGUCACAUUCUGGUAUCGCGCACCGGAGCUGCUUCUGGGCGCACGUCAUUACACGAAAGCAAUUGAUAUUUGGGCAAUAGGUUGCAUUUUUGCUGAGUUGCUAACGUCUGAACCAAUCUUCCAUUGCAGACAAGAAGAUAUAAAAACGAGUAAUCCCUAUCACCAUGAUCAGUUGGAUCGAAUAUUCAAUGUAAUGGGUUUUCCUCAGGAUAAAGACUGGGAGGAUAUAAAAAAAAUGCCGGAACAUCAUACUCUAACGAAGGACUUCAAGCGUUCCACUUAUUCAACAUGCUCAUUAGCUAAAUAUAUGGAACGACAUAAAAUUAAGCCAGAUAGUAAAGCAUUUCAUCUUUUACAAAAACUCUUACUAAUGGAUCCGAACAAGCGUAUAACUUCUGAGCAAGCUAUGCAAGAUCCCUACUUUCAAGAGGAUCCACUACCGACUCAAGACGUAUUUGCCGGAAUGCCUAUUCCCUACCCAAAGAGAGAAUUCUUAACAGAUGAUGAUCAAGAAGAUAAGACCGACAAUAAACGACAACAACAACAACAGCAGCAGCAGCAACAACAGCAAGAGCCAAGUGCUAAACGAGUGCGCUUAUCUGGACCUCCUGGAGCGGGACCACAGCAACAGCAAGUGCAGCAAACACAAGACUUUCAUCAUCAACAACAACAGCAACAGCAAAUGAUGUUUAAUCAGCAACAAAACUUUCAACAACGGUUCUAAAAAGUGAAUAAGACUCUUGGUGUUGAGCUGGGUAGCGUUUAUUUUUUUUUAUUUUUUAAAUUUGCAAAUACGUAGACGUACAUAUGUAAUUCGAAAAAAAACCAUUCAUUUUCCGAGUUAGUUAUAUCCACCACAAUAAAGAGUACUUACUAAACUGAAA